GGACACGCCCGCAAAGUGGAAGCAAAUCCUCCAGGAACUGAACUGUAACACACACAUUUGACUCAAAACUGCUGCGCUGAGCUGAUUCAGUCAUCGGAUUCUUUCUUCAACAUUCUUUCUUUCAACAUUUUGACAAGAUCAUUCAGAAAGUCAUUUUCAUCUGAUUUACUGAGUCGAUCGCUGAGGAUUUAUAAAAGCAAGUGUCAGUAUGGUGAACUGCUGUGGUCUCGUGUCUGAGAAAAACCAGCCAGUUCCUCUGAAGAGCAUCUCAGUGGAGCUGCAGGUUAAGGAUCACGUGGUCUCCGUCAGCUCCAGCCUGCAGUAUGUCAAUGAGGAGGAGCGCCCGCUGGAGGCCGUGUUCGUCUUCCCGCUGCCCGCCGAUGCCGCCGUCUGCCACUUCAGUGCCAAGAUCGGAGAGCAGGAGAUUGUGGCAGAGCUGCAAGACAAACAGAGCGCGCGGGAUCAGUAUGAUGACGCUGUGAGUUCGGGUCAGCAGGCGUUUCUGCUGGAAGAGAGCGAUGAGAGUUCGGAUGUGUUCAAACUGAGUGUCGGGUGUUUGUCUCCGGGUCAGAACGCCGUCAUCACUAUCGUCUAUGUGAUGGAGCUCAGCGUUCAGGCCGACCACGCCCUGCGCUUCUGUCUGCCGGCCGUACUCAACCCCAGAUACACACCCGCAGCUUCAGCCGCUGGUGUUCCAGAAGUUUCCUCAGCAUGUGUUAUUCCCUACACACUGUCUCUGAGUGUCGAAGUGAGAUCUUCAGACCGCAUCUCCAGACUGGAGUCCAGCUGCCCUCUGGAUCCUCUGGUGUUCCUUGACGCACAACACACUCACGCCACGGUGAAUCUGAGUGCUGGUCACCGGUUCGAUAAGGACGUUGAGCUGCUUCUGUACUAUGAGAAUACCCAUCAGCCCACUGCUGUCGUGGAGGCCGGAGCGGCCGCGGCUCAGCCAGGGUCUCUGAUGGGCGACCCGGUGCUCAUGAUCAGUUUGUACCCAGAGUUCCCUGCGGACGUGAUGUCAUCAUUGGCAUCUCGAGGCGAGUUUGUUUUUGUGGUUGACAGAUCCGGCAGUAUGGACUGCGUGAUGCAUCAUGGGAAAGAUGCACAGAUGCGCAUCCAAAGUGCAAGAGACACGUUGCUGCUGCUUCUGAAGAGUCUUCCCAUGGGAUGCUACUUCAACAUCUAUGGAUUCGGCUCUCACUUUGAGUCCUUCUUCCCUCAGAGUGUUGUGUACAGCGAGGACACGAUGGGAGAGGCUCUAAAUAGAGUAAAGAACAUGAAGGCAGACAUGGGCGGCACUGAGAUCCUUCAGCCUCUGAAACACAUCUACAGUCAGCCCUGUUACCCAGAUCACCCCCGACAGCUGUUCAUCUUCACUGAUGGAGAGGUGUGGAACACUAAAGAGGUGCUGGACCUGGUGAAAAGUCACGUUAACUCUCACAGGUGUUUCUCCUUCGGGAUCGGUGAGGGUGCGAGUACGGCUCUCAUCACAGGAAUGGCCAGAGAAGGUUCUGGUCACGCUCAGUUCAUCACAGGCACUGACCGCAUGCAGCCCAAAGUGAUGCAGUCGCUCAGGUUUGCUCUUCAACCGGUCGUGGAUAGUAUCUCUGUGGAUUGGUCCGUUCCUGAGGGCGUUACGGUGGAAAUGCUGUCCCCACCCAUCAAUACACUGUUCCAGGGUCAGAGGGCGCUCAUCUACGCUCAGCUGAAAGGACAGAGUUCAGGAACGGCAGAAGGAGCAGUAACUUUGAAAUACAAGCUGAAAGAUAAACCAGUGACUAACCAGCUCCAGUUUGCUCUUAAACCAACCGAAGACACAGGACGGACGAUUCACCGGCUGGCGGCCCGGUCUGUGAUCCGUUCUCUGGAGCUGGAAAUGCGGGCUGGAAGAGCAGAAGCGGAGGCCAUCCGGAGCAGGAUCGUGGAGCUCAGUGUUCAGGCAGGAGUGAGCAGCGUUCAUACAGCCUUCAUCGGUGUCAAUAAAGACGGCAAACAGACCAUCACAGGGCCGCUGCUGCAGAGGAGAGUGCCAGUACGGAAGAUGGCCCGAAUGUCUGUAGGGGGUGGCGGUGGAGGUGGCGGUAGGAGAAUACACGCAGUGGCGGCUCCCAUGGCUAAAUGUGGAAUGCUUAAAAGGGCAGCUCCCAAGAUGUCUCAUUCUGGUGGGCGUAGUAUUUGGACAGAACCAACAGAAUAAAUAUACUGUGUGGUUGAAAACACUGCAGCUGUUUAUACCGACAUGAUAACUGCUCUCUCAAGACGAACUUUGAAGUAGAUCAACUGUAAGACGCAAGGAAACUAUGAAACUGCCACACUGACAAGCUGACAUGUCCUUUUUUUCUUCACAAUCUCCUCGUCGCAAGCAGGUACAGCACUCAUUUUCAUGUGUUUGUGUGUUGUGAUUUUACCUGGCGAUUGCGCAACUGAACUCCACAGCAACUUGUUUGCGUGUCACUCGAAGCGCGUCUGUUUGGGACGGGGAGCUUGAGAGUUGUUCAUGCAACCGAACUUCAUGUCUGUUUACAUUUUAAUGCAUUUAAGUGAAACUAUAUCGAGAGCUAUAUCGAACAUUUUUUCUAUCGUUAUCGAUUAAGACUUACCGUCGAUAAAUAUCGAUACCGUUUUAUCGCCCAGGCCUCAGUAACACUGGGUUUGAGUGAUUGUCUGGGGCUGCUGUGCUGUUGGCGAUUAACAACAAACUCUUGUUUGUAUUCACUCUUGUGUACUGUACAUUCAUUUUUUGUGCUACCUUGUAUGACUCCCCAAAUCACAGAGAUGCUGAUUCACAUGGGACUAAUAUUAUCACAGGACCUCGGUGUUUGGUGAAAUAGGGUAGGUCAUUUGUGGGGGCAUUUUUACUUUACAAAUCAAAGACAUGGCCGAUUCACACGGGAUUAAGAUCACAGACAACCUCCGCAAUUAUUACAAAUGACUAGAGGUCCCCAGAUAAUACUAAUCCCGUGCACAUAGGGAUAAUUAAUAUAUCAGACCAUGCUCCUAUAAUGUUGAGUAAAUGUUUCACUUUUGAAAAGUCAUGAAAUUUUGCCAAUGGGCUUUUUUUUUGGAGACGUAUAGCACUAAUGAUGUGAGCGUAUCUCUCCUUUGGGAAACAGGGAAAGCCUUCCUUAGGGGAAGUAUAAUAUCUUAUGCGUCUGCUAAGAAAUGUGCAGCUUUAGAGAGACAGUUGAAUUUGCAGUCUAAAUUAGAGGAACUUGAUAGGAAAUUUAAAAUAACUCCUAGUAAAAUGCUGCAUAGAGAGCUGAUAGCCACUAGAUCGGCACUUGACCAGCUGUUAACUCAAGAGCAGAAUCUGCUUUAUUUUAUGCAAGACAAAGACUUUACGAAUCGGGAAAUAACAAAACACUUAUAAGCUCAACACUUGCAAGAAAAGUUUGGGUUGCCUUCCCAGCAUUUAUUUGGUUUUCAUCAAAUUAGACAUUUUAUUGAGAAAACUCUGUGUAUAGAGUUAGAUUUAUUUUUGAAGCAUUCUUCCAAUUAAAGGAAUACUAUUUAUAAGGUUUAUACUCUGCUAGUUUCAAAUUCAGGAAAAAAUUCACAAUUAUUGUUAUCAGGGUGAUAGAAGGGCUUUGGGCAGGUACAGGAGGAUGAGAGAUGGUUGAAUGUUAUGCGGAUUAUGAAGCGUGUACUGCUGUGUAAUAAGGCACAAGGAACAGUUAAAAAUACUGCAAUGUGUACAUUGUGCUCCUUAUGUACUUUCUAAGAUUGACCCAAAAUGUUUGCCUAAAUGUAAAGUGGAUAUGGGUACAUAUUCCCAAAUGUUUUGGUUAUGUCCCUUGAUAAGUCAGUUUUGAGAUAAUAUUAACACAAAGCUUGACCAUAUACUGAACUGUUCUGUUGUCAAAGAUCCUUGGUUUUUUAUUCUGAGAAUGAGUAAGGAGGACAGUGGAUUAUCCUUUUCACAGGCCAAGCUGGCAAGCAAAAUAUUAUUUUUGGCUUGUAAACGUUUACUUGCGGUAUGGAUAAAAGAUUAAGCCCUAACAGUGGUUCAAAGGUACACUCAAAUUUUCUAAAUUCUUCCUUUUGAACAUCUUGGGGCUACAAUUGAAGGGACUGAAGCUGAAUUUUUGAAUUUGUAGUAAAUUAGCUCAAAAUAAAUAUCAUAAUUAAUCAUAACUAGUUAUAAUUAAUUAUAAAUAUUUGGAUCAGUUAAAAAAAAUUAAUGUAAUAAAAUUAAUAUUACAAUCAUUUAACCUGUUUGGCCAAUGAACACUCAGUGUUAAUUGCUUAUUAAUUCUAAGAAAUGUGCAUUUCCAGGUUAUGGGAAAUAACAGUACUACUCAGAGCCUGUAGUCAGGAUCGGCAUGAAUAGGGACUCCAGUAUAUGAGCGUGAAACACGGACAACUUUACGUGUGACAUGAACAAGACUUUAUUAACUAGACUAAACACUUAACUAAUUUAACUCUGAAGCAGAAUACAGGAAAGCAAGAAGUUACAGCAUUGUUUGAAAUUCAGCAGAUCAUCAGCCUUGAGCAAACCAUCAGUUUAGUUUUAACAGGCCCUUCUUUAAAAGGGGUAAGGAUACUUACUGUAUCAAAUAAUGAGACUAAGUUUGAUACUUGCAUGUCUCUCCAAGUUAAAUUAAAACUGUCCUGAUGCAAUUUGUGGAGGCUCCCUUUGAAUCUUUGCUGAUAUUGUCUUGAUGAGAGAGAACCAGUUGGAUUCAGAGGAUCUUUGGUGAAUGGAAGGUCUAGGCCGAAGCCUGGCACAAGCUUGGGGUUCCUUAGAAGCUUCUAGUUCAGCAUCAUCUUCACAUCAGCGUUUUUCAAUAAAGGAAAAAAGGGGACUGUGAUCUUGUGUUCAGUGAUUUUAAAGGGUGAGGGUGUCACACCCUCUUGAGGUGUCUGAGCCAAUAAGGAGUUUUCCCUUCGGAGGGAAACUUUUACGAGUCUUUGUUCUCUAGCAAGAUAUUAGCAUAAGACACUGGAUUGGAUGUUUGAGAGAAGAACCUUCUAGAUUCUUAUAACACUAAUGUGUCACAGAGUUAAUAACAUGUAACAUAAAUUAUCAAACAGGAAACGAAAUUUGGAAUCCGUAGAUACCAAACAUGCUACCCAUGUUAACUAUAAAUUUGCAACUCUGAAACAUUAAUACCAAAAUAGUUUUAAAGACAGAAUUAAUACAUAGAAUAAACCCUAUAAAAGGAAAAUCACAAGAGGGGAAAAUUGGAUACAUGUGGUUUAUUUGUCCUUCUCAGAAAGAAUGAAGUCAGAGUCACAAGUUCUUGACUGGCACCUGUCCUGAAAACGAAUCCUAUCUGAAUAAGGCUUCAGGCAGUUGUGCUGCGCUUCGUUGUAGGAUUUCAUGUCAUUUUCUGCUUUAAUGAUAAUCAUACCAGAAUUAAUGCUGCUUUAUGUGUCCAGCUUCCUUCUGCCUAAACUCUGUAUGUA